UUAAUCGUCUUUUUUUUUGUAUUUUAUAAUUUAGUAACAUCUUUAUUAAAUGUAUUGUUUAAAAAAUGGCAAUCUUGGCAAUCUACAAAUUUGUCUAUUACGGUUAUACGGCCAAAACCGAAGUGCUAUGUAAAUGCUUUUAGAAAGACUUAUUAUUUCAAUCAAAAUGAUUAUUCUAUUAUUAAAAAUAACAAAAACAUUUUAAAAUAAAGUACAAUACUCCAACGGAACUCUAACACAAAUAAUUCCUAUUUUUUUUUUCAACAAUAAUUAUACUAGUAAAUUAUUAAAUCGAACAUGAUUAACAUGAUAAAAGCAUUUUGAACUUAUAAUAUAACAUAGUAUUAAUAACAUUAUAAUCGGUUUGAUUAAGAGUAUGACGAUGUUGAUUGGGUAGUCUAAAAAUAUGAUUUUGUGUUUGAACGAUUUCUUUUAAAAAUUUAUCAUGAUGUAAUGUUAUAUAAUAUAUAUGUACCUAUAUUAUGGUAUUAAAAUAUAUUGACUUAGUCUAGAGUGUUAGUACUCUACACGCACUCAUAAUUGAACGAGUGUACAAGUGUUAUAGAUAAAUAUAAAACGUUCAAAUGGGUUCGGUUCAAUUAGGUUUUAUGAAUAUGUAUAAAAAUUGAUCAAUUAACUUUAAAAUAUAUAAGUACUUUGUUGGUUCUCGAUAAAAACGGUUGCAUUUUAAUUUUUUCGGAGGUUGAAUUCACCAAGGGUUUAAUAAUGCGUAAGAUCAGUUUUUACCAUCCGAAAAUGUAUGGUUGAUUUUGAAGUCAUAUAUAUGACUUUAGAUGGGGAAAAUUAGCAUAUUUCAGAAGGUAUCAAUGAACGUCAAUGAACGUCGCUGACACACGGUUUAUCUGGUUUUAGGUUUAGAGAAGCCCAUGCGUACAGGGUAGGCUGCACACGAUCUAGUUUUAUCUGACCUGUAAUAAUAUCAGACAUGGUACACACAAUUCCCUAGAGGAUAUCUGACGUUAUUUUUUAAACCAUACGAAUUGAUAAACUAAAAAUACUAUGUCACCAGUGAUUAGUUUGUGGGUUUUCAGUCUCCGUGGAACGUUGACGACGAACAAAAUAUAUACAUAGCUACAUACGAGACGUUACGAUGGUUUUCGUCGACUUUUGCGUCGAUGACCCUAGUAAGACAUUUUGGGAUGAUCCAAAUAUGUAUGUGGACGAUCCCGGAUUGGACAUACUGUUGUCGUUGACCACGGACGAGUUUUUGCUGUGCAGUAAUCAAGAUGCCUCAGUCGCUGAGGUCAACGACGAUCCAGAGCUGACAGACGGAAGUCCACAAAACGAACAACAACAACAACAACAACAACAGCAGCAGAACAAAAGCAAUAAUGAUGGCAAACAGGCGUUGAUAUGCAUGUAUCCGAAUUGUGAUAAGUCGUAUUUAAAGCCGUCACAUCUCAAGGUGCAUAUGCGAAGGCACUCGGGCGAGAAACCAUACGGUUGCAUGUGGCCGGGCUGUACUUGGCGUUUCUCCCGGUCCGAUGAAUUGUCGCGGCACUGUCGUUCGCACUCGGGCGUUAAGCCGUACGGUUGCAGCAUGUGUGAUAAACGAUUCUCGCGGUCCGACCAUUUGACCAAACACGCGAGGGUGCACCACAAGCGAAUGGCCACUGCGGCCGCUGUUGCUGCUAGACUGCAAUGGCAGACACAACAAUGCCAGGGAACAUUCGCCCAGGCCAGAAAAACGGCUACCGUGAACAAAUAUCGUCAAUAACUAAAGCAUGCCCUAGGAAGCGAUUUUUGUGGUGACAAACGUGUACGUCUGCAAUACAUCGUCGUCCCAUCAAUUUCAUUAUUAAAACAAAGGAACGGAUUAAAAAUAAUUUCAAAGAGUCGAUUCAUGUCGUAUUUGUAUUGAUUUGGAUGGAUGUUGAUGAUAAUAAAACACAAACACUCGAUUUCGUAA